UGUCUCUGGGUAUCUGAUCCUCUUGGCACACGCGUGCGCCACUUGAGGUCUGAGCAGCAGCUGUAGCAGUGCCACCACUCCUUUACAGGACAGCGUGGACCUGAAGGACACCACGGUGUCUUCUCCCAACUAAUGUCUGGCACUUUUCAUCAUUAACUGUGCGCGGAGGAACCACUGUGUUUAGAAAUGCACGUGCUCCGGCAGCAUUAAGUACCACGAGUGAAGGAGGAGGAUUAGGAGAGGAGCUGAGGCGCAUGGCUGCGUGACUGAGGCCUCCGCUCAGAGCAGAGCAGCUUCAGCUUUGAACUGAAGGCAGCUGUUUCCCCUCACUGUCAGUGAACAGAUGGGUUUUGAAGUCAUGGCAGAGAAGCGGGUUUCUCGCUGGUACUUCGGUGGACUUGCCUCGUGUGCUGCCGCCUGCUGUACACAUCCGCUGGACCUCAUAAAGGUUCACUUGCAGACACAGCAGGAGGUGAAGAUGAGGAUGACGGGUAUGGCUCUGCGAGUGGUGCGGAGCGACGGCGUGCUUGCGCUCUACAGUGGUCUCAGCGCCUCCAUGUGCCGCCAGCUGACAUACUCAAUGACCCGUUUUGCUAUUUAUGAGACAGUGCGAGACAAGGUGACUGAUGGGAAGCAGGGGCCCAUGCCCUUCUACCAGAAAGUCUUACUGGCUUCAUUUGGAGGGCUUACAGGGGGCUUCAUCGGGACCCCUGCAGACAUGGUGAAUGUUAGAAUGCAGAAUGAUGUGAAGUUGCCACCAGAGCUUAGGAGAAACUAUGCACAUGCUCUAGAUGGAGUCAUCCGUGUUUGGAGAGAAGAAGGAAUAAGGAAACUGUUCUCUGGAGCUUCAAUGGCCUCCAGCAGAGGUGCUCUGGUCAGUGUGGGGCAGCUCUCUUGCUAUGACCAAGCCAAGCAGCUGGUGUUGGGGACUGGCAUCUUCACUGACAAUAUUGCCACCCACUUUAUCGCCAGCUUUAUUGCGGGAGGCUGUGCCACUGUCCUGUGCCAGCCAAUUGAUGUGGUGAAGACCAGGCUGAUGAGCUCAAAGGGAGAGUAUGGGGUGAUUCAUUGUCUGAGGGACACUGCCAAACUUGGGCCCAAAGCCUUCUACAAGGGCCUUGUUCCAGCUGGGAUUCGUCUCAUCCCACACACUGUGCUAACUUUCAUCUUUCUGGAGCAGCUGCGCUUGUACUUUGGCAUCAGAGUCAUCACUUCAAUGUGAGCGAAGGAACAAUCAUUCUCUGCUUCUGUUUUUCCACAAAUGGCCCAAAAUCUCUGCGUAGGGCCUCAGGAGCUGCCGCGCUAAAGCACGUCUCUCACUGAGACCAAAUUAGUUUCUCAGGAGAAAAGCCAUCAUGAAAAAAAGUGUCGAAUGACAGUAAAGAACAGACUCCUGUUUUGUCAGCAAACGAGUGUUGCGCCGAACUGUGCCACUAAUACAGUGCCACGUUGUUGAGCUGCCUUUUGCCUACAUACUUUAUGAAAUGUUCAAAACAUUUUAGGGUUGUUAGAUCAAAGGAAAACUCAAGUGUUUUCCAGCCUUUUCUCUGCCGUAUCUCUUACAUAUGGUUGACUCCUGUGGUCACUAAUUGCCCUGUUUUGGAGAAGAACAGCACGCAGGUUGAUUCAAGACACAUUUAUAAUAGAAACAAAUGGCCAGGUGCUUCAGCUUCUGUUAGCUGUCUUUUAGAAGAAGAUGUUUUGAGCCAAUGGGUUUUCUGUUUGUUUGCACUUGCAGAUAGAAAUGAGGUCAGAAAAUGCUGGAGUUUUCCUUUAAUCCUGUCGUGUUCCUUGAGUGUUUUUUCUUGUUUGUUCUGCUGGGCCUCAUUUAAAAGCCAAAUGACAUUAUUUAAAGCCAUGUGGUGGACUAAUAAGCUCAGUCUUCAGAUCUUGUCUUCAAAAAAGAUUACUUUUUUGGCUUUUAGCUUUACAGAGGCCAAAAGAUAGAUGGACAGUUACGAAUGCAAUAUGCAUGUACAGUCCUGUGAAAAAGUAUUUGCCUCCUCCUGAUUUUCACUGUUUUUGCAUAUUUGUCACACUUAAUGGUUUCAGAUACAAAAUGUAAUAUAAGACAGGGAGACAAUGAGGAAACACAAAACUCAGUUUUAAAUGAAUAUUUCGUUUAUUGAGGAAAAAAAAUUGCAACACCUAUAUUACCGGUGUAUAACUCUCCCACCUACACUUUAGUAACUGGUUGUCAGUUAUGGGAAGUCGCACAUGCCCUGAAGCAGCAAAGCAUCCCCGCACCAUCACACUACCACCGCCGUGAUUCACAGUUGGUAUGAUGUUCUUAUUGGGGAAUGCUGUGGUAGCUUUUCAACAGAUGUAACGGGACCCCUGCCUUCCAAAAAGUUCCACUUUUGACUCAUCAGUCCAGAGAACAUUAUUCGAAAGUGCUUGGGUGUUUUUUGGCGAAUGGAAAAUUAUGUACUUCUUGUUUUGCAGCUCUCGGAUGGAUAUCAUUUUUGCAGUCUUUUUUAAAAGGUGGAAUCAUAAAUGCUGACUUGAUCUGAUGUGAGCAAAUCCUGCAGUUCCUUAAAUGUUCAUCUGGGUUCUUUUGUGAUUUCCUGGAUGAGUUGUCUCUCUGUCCCUCUCGGAGAAAUUUUGGUAGGCCAGCUGCUUCUGGGAAGAUUCUCCACUGUUCCAGGCUUUCUCCAUUUGGAGAUAGUAGUAAUUAUCUCACUGUGAUUCACUGAAAUCCCAAAGUCUUAGAAAUCGCUUUGUAACUCUUUCCAGACUGAUAUAUUUCAAUAACUUUCUCAUGUCUUCUGAAAUUUCUUUAGA